AUGACCAUACGACCAACCACACCACUGAGAUUAUGCAUGUACCAUCCGUCUCAGGCGGACAACACACAAGCAGCAGAGAAUCUGAAAUGCGCCGUGAAUGAGACGGUCGUCGAAUGCCGAGUCUGUGAGGCAGACUGUGUGUCGAUCUUCACCCGCUCUGAUUGCGAUGAAUGUGGAUCCCCAGCUUGCUCCUGCAUGCAGGGUUACGCACGCAAUCCUCAAGGCACUUGCGUCUACUGGGGCGACUGUCCUGUUAACAGUGGGUUAUUUUCAAAUCUGCAUGGCGUCUUAAAAUCAGGGCUUGGCUUUGAGAAAAGCUCAGAAAGUGUCAUGUUUACAGAUUCAGCUCAGACAACUACCACAACAACCGCUUCCACUACCAGGAAGAAGUUUGAGAAACCUUCAAAAAUCAAGG